AGUCUAACCAUGAGAUGUGAAGCUGCGGUGUUCCCGCAGCAGCGACAACGUCGGGGCCGUCGUGGCCCCAAGGGAGGGCGUGGUGGUGGUAGUGGUGGUGGUGGUGGUGGUGGUGGUGGUGGUGGUGGUGGUGGUGGUGGUGGUGGUGGUGGUGGUGGUGGUGGUGGUGGUGGUGGUGGUGGUGGCGGGGGGGACAGUGGUUCUGACGAGGGGGUUGGGGCUGGUGGCCAGGAGCAGCAACACCCACAGCAGACGCAGCAGCAGUCAUCACAGCAGCAGCAACCCCAGAAACAGCCGCAGCAGCAGCAGCAGCAGCCGUGGGCCCACCUCCCGCCGGGGUGGUGAUGCGUCCGCGUUCCACAUCU